GUGUGUGUAGAGCAGCGAAUCAGCAAUAUCCACAAGCUGAUCCCUCUCUCUUUUUACUCCGGGAUACACAUCUUGUUCCCCAGGCUCCAGGUACCGGAGCUGAGAGCGAUAAAGCCACCGGGUAACGUCACUCCCCUCCAGUCUUCCAUUCGCCACCGCCAGCCACAUCGCUCCGGAGGACAGCCGCACCGCAUCCAUUUUCAGCGCUAUUUGAAAUGUUUAUCCAACUAAAUCCUACCGCAUCUUUUUCCCCGAUUCCUUUUUUUGGUGUCGGCGAGGUGUUUCUACAAGGCGAGGUUUUUCACCCUGGAAAGAGAGUAUUUGAAUAGCUUAGAAGAAGAAGAAAAAAGGUCGCAGAAAGUAGAAGAUUGCGUGCGGCGAGGAUGAAUAGUGACAAAGGGGUGAUCGCUAGGCUACAGCUAUUGUAACUUACGAACGGGAUCGCGGCGAUAGCGUGUUUACAUUGGGACAAGGGAAGAUAUUUUUUAAUCAUGCCUGUUCGCCGAGGUCAUGUUGCGCCACAAAACACGUUUCUGGGCAUCAUAAUACGGAAAUUCGAGGGGCAGAAUAAGAAGUUUAUAAUAGCCAAUGCCAGAGCUCAGAACUGUGCGAUCAUCUACUGCAAUGAUGGCUUUUGUGAGAUGACCGGCUUCUCCAGACCGGACGUGAUGCAGAAGCCGUGCACCUGCGACUUCCUCCACGGCGAGCUGACCAAGAGGCACGCUGUCGCCCAGGUGGCUCAGGCCCUGCUGGGCUCUGAGGAGAGGAAGGUGGAAAUCACCUACCACCGCAAAGAUGGAUCUGACUUCCUUUGUACCACCCACAUCAUCCCCGUGAAGAAUGAGGAAGGGGCGGUGAUGAUGUUCAUCCUAAACUUUGACUACGUGCUCGACGACGGGAGCAGUGACCAGCUGGAGCAGCUGAACCAGCCAUCGCCAGGGCGACGUGAACUCAGAAAGUCAAGGUUUUUCGGAUUCCGGCUCCCCGCCUUGAGACUUUUGGGCGUCAGCAAGCAGUCGCUUCCUCAGGAGGACCCCGACAGCGUCACCAUCGACUCCCCGAAGCUCAGCGAUGAUGUCGACGUCACACAGGACCUUAAAUCUCCCACCAAGGAGAGCUGCUGCAUCUCCGACCCCGAUGAUACCCGAGCCCUCAUUGCCUCGGGACAGCUCCCCCUUGCUGUUAACGAGUCUGGUCCCCUGGACCACUCCUCUCCAAAAUGGCAGUGGGACAGGCUGUACCUUGAACAGCCCCCAUCUCCCCUGUGCCUGGGACGCUCCUCUUCGCGUCAGAGCAUGUGUAGCUUGAGAAGGGCCUCCUCCGUCCAGGACAUGGAAGGGUUCAGCUCCAACUCGAAGAGCACAUUCAGAGACCGGCACGCCAGCGAAGACAACGGUCGCAAUAUCAAAGUGUCCCGUUCCUGGAUGGCAGGGGGUCCAUUCAGCCAUAUAAAGUCCAGUCUCUUGGGUUCCACCUCUGACUCCAACCUGAACAAGUACAGCACCAUCAACAAAAUCCCUCUGAUCGCCCUGAACUUCUCGGAAACGAACAACGACAAGAAGACCGUCUCUCCCCCGUCCUCCGAAAAGACCAUCAUCGCCCCAAAGGUCAAGGAUAGAACGCACAAUGUCACAGAGAAAGUCACACAGGUGCUCUCAUUAGGAGCAGACGUGUUGCCCGAGUACAAACUGCAGACCCCACGCAUCGACAAGUUCACCAUACUCCACUACAGCCCCUUCAAGGCCGUGUGGGAUUGGCUGAUCCUGCUGCUGGUCAUCUACACCGCCAUCUUCACGCCCUACUCCGCCGCCUUCCUCCUCAAUGACCGGGAGGAGCAGAAGCGGCGCGAGUGCGGCUACUCCUGCAACCCGCUGAACGUGGUGGACCUCAUGGUGGACAUCAUGUUCAUCAUAGACAUCCUGAUCAACUUCCGCACCACCUACGUCAACCUCAACGACGAGGUGGUGAGCCACCCGGGGAAGAUCGCCAUCCACUACUUCAAGGGCUGGUUCCUGAUCGACAUGGUGGCUGCCAUCCCAUUCGACCUGCUCAUUUUUGGAUCUGGGUCAGAGGAAACCACCACGCUCAUCGGACUGCUGAAGACGGCCAGGCUUCUGCGCUUGGUGCGAGUGGCCAGGAAGCUGGAUCGCUACUCGGAGUACGGAGCGGCAGUGCUGAUGCUGCUGAUGUGCAUCUUCGCCCUCAUUGCCCACUGGCUGGCCUGCAUCUGGUACGCCAUCGGCAAUGUGGAGAAGCCGUACCUGAAGCACAAGAUUGGCUGGCUGGACAACUUGGGCGUGUCCAUUGGGAAGCGCUACAACUACAGUGACCCCAACUCCGGACCCUCCAUCAAGGACAAAUAUGUCACGGCCCUCUACUUCACCUUCAGCAGUCUCACCAGCGUUGGGUUUGGGAAUGUCUCCCCUAACACCAACUCAGAGAAGGUCUUCUCCAUAUGCGUCAUGUUAAUUGGCUCCCUCAUGUACGCCAGCAUCUUCGGGAACGUGUCGGCCAUCAUCCAGCGUCUCUACUCUGGCACGGCCAGGUACCACCUGCAGAUGCUUCGCGUCAAGGAAUUCAUCCGCUUCCACCAGAUCCCCAACCCCCUGCGCCAGCGACUGGAGGAGUACUUCCAGCACGCCUGGACCUACACCAACGGCAUCGACAUGAAUAUGGAGGUCCUUAAAGGAUUCCCUGAGUGCCUGCAGGCAGAUAUCUGCCUUCAUCUGAACCAGAACCUGCUGACACACUGCAAAGCCUUCCGGGGCGCCACCAAGGGCUGCCUGCGGGCCCUGGCCAUGCGCUUCAAGACCACCCACUGCCCGCCUGGCGACACCUUGGUGCACGGCGGCGAUGUCCUCACUGCACUCUACUUCCUGUCCCGGGGCUCCAUUGAGAUUCUGAAGGACGACAUCGUGGUGGCCAUAUUGGGGAAGAAUGACAUCUUUGGGGAAAUGAUCCAUCUGUAUGCCAAACCUGGGAAGUCCAACGCUGAUGUCAGAGCCUUGAGUUACUGCGACCUGCACACAGUCCAGCGGGAGGAACUCCUGGAGGUUCUUGACAUGUAUCCUGAGUUUGCUGACCACUUCUUAACUAAUCUGGAGCUCACCUUCAACCUUAGGGAUGAUCCUGCAAAGACGCAUUAUUCUCAGGCUAGUGACUCGGAUGUAGAAGACACUAAAUAUAAAAGAAAGAUUUCCUUCAGGCGGAAGUUGUCGCACGGGGGAGAAGACAAGGAGGCGGACAAGCUGAUAUGCUCCUCCUUGAGGCAGGAGGCGGGGAGCAGGAGGGUGUCCACAGUGGAGCCGCUCCCUGUCUGCUCUGGGAUACAGGGUUACCCCUUGGUGCAGGAUCACAGUGUGGGACUCGCCGAUGUCCCGGCCAAAGAGUGUACAGAGAGGAGUCAGCCGUACAAAGGAGAUUCACACGGUGAUCGCUGGGCCUUCGAGAAGCCAAAGGAGUUUCCAGACGAGUCCUCGAAGUCGCAGGAUGCACAGGGCCUGCUUCCGGAGACUGACAGCGAGAUCACCUACGCGGAGGUGGAGCAGCGGCUAGACCUGCUUCAGGAACACCUAAACAGGUUGGAGUCCCAGAUGACAUCAGAUAUCCAGAGCAUCCUACAGCUCCUACAACGGCAGUCCACCUCAGGACCCCCUGCCUACAGUACAGUUACUGCCAGCCCUGAGUACCACCGGCCCGCCCUCAGGGUCCAGCCCGUCUCUGCCAUCAGCACUGACCAUAGAUUCAUAGCCGCCUCAUCGCCGAGUCCCGAGUUCCUUGACCUCAAACGGUCCCACCAGAAAUCCAAAGAAUGCUUAUUAAGCUUGAUCCAUAAGGACAGGGCCUCAGAACAGAACCUGCCGUCCCUGCUGGAGCAGGCUGUGUACUCGGAGCACAGAAACGAUCAGAACCAGAACCAAACAGCCUCUCUCAACCAGCACAAGUCCAAAUCGCUCCAGCUUCCAGCCCAUGAGACCUCGGUGGGAGAUUCGGCCCUCAGUGACACCAGAAUGGUGGGACUCCGCAGACCAGUCUCCGACCCUAGUCUUCCCGCUAGUUAGCUUCUCUAUGUGUGUAGACCCUCCUGUGUGUCUUUCUGCAUAACAAAUUGAAGUUUGACUCAGGGUAGAGAAAUCUACUGUACUGUCAUAUGCAAAGGAACAGAGUGAUUUUUUUUAGAUUUCUUAAAUGGUGGUUCGCCAUUGAAAUGUAAAAAAAAAAGUGUAUGUAUAUAAAAUUAUAUUUAUGAUGUACAUACAUUUACGAUGCAACACUGCCAUCAACACAAUGGACCUUGUCCAGGAAAGAAAUGCAUGUUUGAAAGUUUUUUUCUCUUGCAUGAUGUACAUAUUUAAGACUGGCUAUCAGAUUUGAAAUCUGCAUGUCUUUUUUGCACUGAAUAUUAAGUUACUGAAAUACAUUUUCAUCAGUAUGCACUUCUUUUUGAUGAAACUAUAAAUAUAUUACUUAAACUAUGAAUUGCAUUAGAGUUGCAUUAAAAAUACAUAUUUAGCCAAUUUAGGCUCCUAAAGACCGUUGCAAUAUUGUGCCUAAGCCUGGACACAUACACUUAUGUUAAGCUUGCUAAAGGGUCAUUAAAUAUGUAGCUGCAAAUUACCGUCUUUACGCCACAUUCCACAGUAUAAAAUCAGUAAAUGUGAAUUGCUGCGUGUUUGAUGAAUCAGUAGCGACAGGAGACACUGACAUCACGUUUUUUGUUCUUUUGUAAACAAAAAAAAAAAAAUAAGCAUGUUAACUAAGAUAUCCGUCAGGUUAUAUGCGAGACUGCACCUUUGUCCGGGGUCUACAAGAGCAAUAAUAUCGAUUAUUCUUCUUCACGGGAAUUAACUGGGGAAAAGACCCCAAGAAUUUCAGACAACGAGGCAUUUUUCUUUUCUUUCUCUUGUGGACAUUUGCCAAAAAUAAGAAAAUAGAUUCCUUUUUUUUACUGGUGGAGUUAAAAAAUGAAUAGCAGGAUAAUCACUGAUGUCAAGAUUAGGUUAAUACUUGGAAAAUAGCACUUCAGAUUUUGCAUAAUCAUUUUUUUUCAUGUAUUGUUAUAUGGAAAAAAAAACAUUCCACAUGUGUCACUCUACCUUUUUGACAGGGAAUUUCCUGCACUCUGCAGUAUGUUAUUUAGUCUGAAAUGAUGUCAUGGCUUGCCUGUUUUAGAACGUCUGCAUCAUACUUGUGCUGAUAUUUGUGGGCAAAGUGAGGAUGUACUGACGCCCUGUAAAAUACACUUUGAGAUAUUUUUUUCUCACUUCCACUUCCCUUUGAGAGGGUGAAAGACGUCAGAAUUGGAAUUUUAGUAUACUGUUUAUACAUUUAGGAAAUCCUAAAGUAAUGUAAAACAAUGAACUAUAUGCAGAACAUUUUUGACAAAGAUAUGGUUUUUUGAGCCUUUCUGAUUGUCCUUGAAGACCGCCGUGAUGUGCUAUAUAAACACGCAUGUCAUCCAACCACAUAGCAGUUGCACUGCAGACAUACAUUUGAAUAUAUUUUAACAUAUAAAUAUAUGUACCAUAAGUGCUCUUGUCAUCCUGGACUUAGUAGAUAUAUCAUGAGAGUUAUCGUACAUAUAUUUAUACCUUUCUCCAGUACAUUACUUUGUUUUGUAUUUUUCCCUGCUGUUUUAUCACAUUGAUAAUGCUAUUGUUAUAUACUGACUUGGUAUUAUUGAUAGUCGCGUGUCCUUGCCUUCUUUGUCCUAUAGGGGGCAUGAUGUCCUCAGCCUUUAACACCACCCAUGGUACUUUGGGUUGGCAGUUUUUGUCCAUCUCAAGGUUAACAGCAGUUUUGAAAUUCACUGUCUGAAAUGGACAUCAUGCGGUGAAUUUUUCAAACGCAAAAGAAUUUGAAACAAGAAAAACAGACAGACUGUAACUACUGCCACAUGGUACUUCCUUUAAGCAGCCCAACUCAUUUACACUCUCACAGAGGACAGGAGGAGAGUGUCUCAUUUCUAGAAAUUACCUGAAUGUAAUGGCUGAACAAUCCAUAUAAAAGUCUCAUUAUAUUCACAUUACCGUAGCAGAAAAUGCCCAGAAUGGCUUGCGUCAUAGUCGCGGGGGCAUGCAAAGUCUGAAUCUGCUUGGUACAACGGCAGUUCACUUCGGUCAGAGUCCUACAGGCAUGACAAUUUAAACCAAGUUAUUUUGAUACGUCAUUUUAUAGUGACAAGGACCUCCUAAAUUCCUCACCUGUAUUUCUGCCAUCAUUGUUAAUUGAACUGAUAUUUUCAGCCGUCAUUUAUUGAAAAUGUAUGAUGGUACAUAAAGUUGUAUAUAAAUUUGAAGCUGGAAGUAUUUUAAAAAAUAUCUAAACUUCGAUAUUAAGAACAUUCUACAUGAAAUAUCAGUAUGGGUCUGGUACCUGCACUAUUUAUAUGUAUUAAGCUAUGCAGUGUUUGCCUAUUCGGUCCUCGGGGACUGUCUGGCAGGCAGCUGGGAGGGAGCAAAAAUGUCGACCCAGUCUGGGCCCCCGAGGACCGUUUUGGGAAACAUUGAGCGGUAGUGUUGUGAUUUUAAUACGCUUUUGGGAAUGGCUACUUAGAUCUGCAAGCAACGUUUGGUAUUUUAAAACAUUGAAUGAAAAGGAAUUGAAAUUUUUACUGAAACUAUUAUAUUUGCAAGGUUUUGCACAUGGGUUAAACAAACUUGUGCUAAGAAAAAAUGUCUUUGCUUUUAAAAACUAGUAUGUUUAAAAUUGUUUUUAUGCAUUUUUAAAAUUUCCACUGUAUAUUUUAUAAAAUGCACACUUUACAGCUGAUAUGAAUGUUUCUGUU